GUCUGGGCAAGCGCCUCCCGCCCGCGCAGGCGCAGCGGGGCCGAGGACAGGUGACGCGGCAGCGCGCGGGGCCGGAGCCAUGGUGUACAUCUCUAACGGACAAGUUUUAGAUAACCGGAGCCGGGCUCCUUGGCGAUUGUCAUCAAUAACAGAUUUCUUCUGGUCGAUAGCAGAUUUUGUGGUUCUGUUUUUCCAGAGCAUUCUUCAUCCGGAUUUAAGAAGAGGCUACACAUCAUCCUCAUAUUCAAGAAACAAUGAUGGCAGAGGGCCUCCUGCACAUCCUCGCCGUAGGAUGGGUCAAAUAAAUCACUGGGGUGGAGGCCCCAGUCCACCACCGAUGGCUGGAGGUGGAUGAGGAAGGUAAACACCUGCUGAAGAGGCAAGCAAAAGUAUACACAUUUGCAAGAUGAAAGGGAAGAAGAGUUUAGUGGUGGACCAAAUGAGUUUGAAUGUUGUGAAUGUGUAUGUCUAACUGGGAACUGUUCUGUGAUAUAAGCAGAUUAAUGAAGUUGCACUGGGAACUCCUUCAAGGAUCCGGUGUAACUGAACCACAGUUUCAUUAAAUACGUUUACUGUCUGAAGUCUUUGUAUAGUUUCUGAAUAGUUUCUGAAUAUUUUACUGUAGCUGCAAAGUCAUAAAUAAAUUAUUUGGUUUGUCACAUCA